UGUAUAGUAUAGGGGCGUGUGUUUCGGUGCGGUUACGUACGGGUCGGUUGUGUUAUGUUAACCAACGGACCUAGAAUGUUACGAGGACGAGUAAAACAUUUACUGCACUGUAUGUUUUAUUUCUCCUUCAUAUUUCUGUUCCUCGUAUUUGCUGGUGCCAUUGAUUUAAAUGAAGAGAAAAAUGCUAUUCCGGAUCCCUGGGAGACUUACGGGUUUUAUGGGGCAAGCCUCCUUUACCUCCUCAGGUUGUGUACCUUGCUGACAAUACCUCAGGUGCUGUGCAAUUUUGCUGGAUUAAUAUUUUUCAACGCUUUUCCGGGAAAGGUAAAACUAAAAGGUUCCCCGUUACUGGCACCCUUCAUCUGCGUCAGAGUCGUGACUAGAGGUGACUUUCCAAAACUGGUAAAGACUAAUGUUUCAAGAAACAUGAACACUUGCAUUGAUGUCGGAAUGGAGAACUUUAUGAUAGAAGUUGUCACUGAUAAAGCUUUGAAUCUGCCAAAGCACAGAAGAGUAAGAGAAGUGGUGGUGCCAUCUGAAUACCAGACAAAGAGCGGUGCUCUGUUCAAGUCCAGGGCACUCCAGUAUUGUUUAGAAGACAAUGUCAAUAUAUUGGCAGAGACUGAUUGGAUAGUGCAUUUAGAUGAAGAGACUCUAUUGACUGAGAACUCUGUUCGGGGUAUUUUGAAUUUUGUUCAAGAUGGACAGCACCAGUUUGGCCAAGGCCUAAUCACAUAUGCUAAUGAGCAAGUGGUCAACUGGCUGACCACACUGGCGGAUAGCUUCCGAGUGGCAGAUGACAUGGGCAAGCUGAGGUUGCAGUUCUAUUGGUUCCACAAGCCUCUGUUCAGUUGGAAAGGCUCCUACGUAGUUACACAGAUGGGUGCAGAAAAGAGAGUGUCAUUCGACAAUGGCUUGGAUGGAUCCGUGGCUGAGGACUGCUACUUCGCCAUGAAAGCAUACAUGGAAGGUUACUCAUUUAAUUUUAUAGAAGGUGAAAUGUGGGAAAAAUCUCCAUUUACAUUGUGGGACUUUAUGCAGCAGAGGAAAAGGUGGAUUCAAGGUAUUCUUUUAGUAGUUCAUACUAAGCAAAUACCAGUACUUAAUAAGGUAUUUCUAGCCAUAUCAUGUUAUUCUUGGGUGACACUGCCGUUGUCAACUAGUAAUGUAUUUUUAGCCGCUCUGUGCCCGAUCCAUGGCCCCCAGUUUUUGGAUUUAAUUUGUGGAUUUAUAGGUGCUGUAAAUAUUUACAUGUACAUAUUCGGGGUAAUUAAAUCCUUUCCUCUAAAUAGAUACGGUCCUAUCAGAUGUAUCAUGUUUGUGGUCGGUGCUCUGGCAACUAUACCACUUAAUAUUAUUAUUGAGAACAUUGCUGUCAUAUGGGGGGUUUUAGGCAAAAAGCAUAAAUUUUAUAUUGUUAACAAGGAGGUAAAGGUCCCGGUGACCGUGUGAUUCUCCGGUUAUUUCGUAUCUCAUUGUUAGGUUUUGUUACUGAGGUAAGCAGUGUGCACAAAAUACUUAGUGAAAUCAUUUUGCACUUAAACUCGAGUGUGUUGAUGAGAAUGCGUGUUGAUAAAUGGAAAAUUGGAAUGUGCGGAAAAUGAAGUAUUGUUUGUUUCUAAAUUAAGCAAGUGACUGAUAUUUCUUUAUUAUCAAGGUAUUAUAAUAGGUAGGCCAAAUAUAUAACCUACCUAUAUUUGCCUGGUCACUUUAAAGCAA